AGCAGAACUCUGAUGAUGAAGCUGGUUUCAGUCUUCCUCCUCCUCCUGGCUCCAGUGUUGACCUGCUGCUUACCUCUCGUCCUCCCGCUGGACUGCAAUGACAUCCAUAACAAUGACAACAGCCAACUCAGUGGAGUGUACACCAUCUAUCCCAUCGGAGCCACGUCUGCUGUCCAGGUGUACUGUGACAUGGACUCAGCAGGAGGAGGCUGGACGGUGUUCCAGAGGAGGAUGGACGGCUCGGUGAACUUCUACAGGCCCUGGGAUCACUACAAGAAGGGCUUUGGUAGCGCUGCUGGAGAGUACUGGCUGGGCCUGGAGACUCUCUUCCAUCUGACUCUGAGGAAAAAGUUUGAGCUGCUGGUCGACAUGGAGGACUUCAGUGGGAACAAAGUGUUUGCUCGUUACUCCUCGUUCUCCAUCGACCCAGAGUCCCACGGAUACAAACUGCAUGUGUCUGGAUUCACUGAUGGAGGAGCAGGAGACUCCCUGAGUCGUCACAACGGACAGAAGUUCUCCACCUUCGACAAAGACCAGGACUCCUACAGCGGUAACUGUGCCAGACUGUACCUGGGGGCGUUCUGGUACAAAGACUGUUACGAUUCAAACCCUAACGGGGUUUAUCGCUGGGGGGCUGAUUCCACUAUCAAUGCUGUAGGAGUGGAGUGGUACCACUGGAAGGGUCAUAACUACUCCCUGAAGACCAUCAGCAUGAAGAUUCGUCCCGUGCAGUAAUUCUCCAGAACGAACAAACAGAAUAUCUGUUGAUCUCUUUCUUUCUUUCUCUCUGAUCUAAUCUGUAACCUCACAUAUAAAUCAAAUAAAGAUUCCCAGCAUGAAUAAAAGUCAGAGUGGAGUUUGUGUGUGAGCAGCUGCUGGGUGUAAAGUCUUGUAUCAAACAGCGAUUUUAAAAUUUUACUCGUAAUGUAUUAUUGUUACAUUGGCGGUUUUACAACUUCUGAGUAAUUCUCCCCCAGGUUGAGUUUUUCAGAGUCGUCUCUGUCAGUUGUAGCUGGGUCCCAGCAGAGGAAGCUUCUGACCCUCUUUGGCCUCGAAGAAGGUGAAGGACAGAGUGAUGGUGUCCACUCGCACCAUCCUUGGGUCCUCGUCAAACUAUGGGUCGAUGUAGAAGAAGACGGGACAGAAUAUGAAUAUACAGCUGGAAAUGUGAAGAAUAUGUGUCCCUUAAUGCAAAGUAACAGUAUAUAAAUGCUAUAAAUUAAAGCAGUUUAAAAGUA